AUGGACAAUACAGUUAUGGAUGAGUUGCAUUCUCUGAUCAACACCUUAAAAAAGGAUAACUUAGAGAAAGACCAGCACAUUGCCCGACUAAAGAGAAGUUCAAUGACCUUAUGCGAUGAAGCUGAAAGAACUGAGCAUAGCUACCUGAAUGAAAUCAAAACACUCGAAACUGCCAACCAAGGCCUACAACAAAAAUUGAAAUCACUCAAUAAAUACUUGCCAAAAAAGUCUAUUGACAAUAUAACGGAAACUGAAGUAUCAGAACCUAAUAAUUAUUCUAAGCAUCAGCUUGAAAUGGAAGAGUUAAAAAUUAAAUUAAGCAAGGCAGAAAUAGCUGUACAGGAAUAUUCGAGUAUUCUUCAGGAUAGGGACCAGAAUAUAAUAAGAAUGAAGGAUGAACUAGAUCAGAUGAGCAAAGUUGGUAAUGAGAUGUUAACUACGAUAAGAAUUUUUGAGGAUGAGAACAAACGGUAUGAGCGAGAAUUAGAACAAGUCAAGAACGAUUAUGAUAGAAAGCUAGCAGAACUUACCAUAAAAAUUAAAAACACGGAGUACAGCAAACAAAAGCACAAGUCUGGCAAUGGGAUAGACAGCAACAACACCAGAAGCAAAGUUAGGCAGGACAAUAAUUAUGAAGGGAUUAACAAGGAUAGCAACUUCAGAGGCUAUACCAGCAAUGACAUGAUGGGCACACAAAACGCAGACAUAGACUUCGCAGGCGAAAAUUUUUCCACCCUUCAAAAAAAACACAAAAUUCUUGUUCUCACUGAUGAGUACGAUGAUAAUGAUAUUCUAGCAAUUGUAAAAAAAGAGAUGGAAACUCAUGUAAAAUGA